AUGUUCCAGAACAGUAAUAGGAAAGCAGGAAAGAAAGAAUACGACCUGGCAGCCACGCUUCACGAGCAGCAGAAGUACGACGAGGCAGAGCAGCUAUUGCGGCAGUCGGUUCAGCAGCAGGAGAAGGUGUUAGGCACGACACAUGAAGACACACUUCGGAGCAGAUACCGGCUAGCAGUCACGAUUCACAGGCAGCAGAAGUACAACGAGGCAGAGCAGCUAUUUCGGCAGUCGGUUCAGCAGCGGGAGAAGGUGCUAAGCACGACACAUGAAGACACACUUUGGAGCAGAUACUGGCUAGCAGUCACACUUUACACGGAGCAGAAGUAUGACGAGGCAGAGCAGCUGUUGCGGCAGUUAGUUCAGCAGCGGGAGAAGGUGCUAGGCACGACACAUAAAGACACGCUUUGGAGCAGAUACUCGCUGGCAGUCACGCUUUACACGCAGCAGAAGUAUGACGAGGCAGAGCAGCUGUUGCAGCAGUCGGUUCAGCAGCAGGAGAAGGUGCUAGGCACGACACAUAAAGACACACUCGCAAGUAAAGGACUUUUGCAGAACGUGAUUCUCGCCCGAGUACCGUCAGCCACGUUAAGUCCACUCGCGGAAGCCGCUCGAAGCCGCCUUGGCGACUUUUUUACUGAAGGCACGGAAAGACAAACGGCGUACAACGACUCGGAGAUUCAGCAAGUGUCGCGUCUAUUGAGCCAAAUCAACACCCAAUGGAGCAAGGUUCCGCGAACGUACAUUACCCUCCGGACUAUCAGUUGCCUAGACCUUCUUAACGCCUUCAUCAACCUAGGUUUCUCCGACCACUGGUUCCCCGUUACUGAGAGUGGCCUCCCGCACUGUCUGCGUCCCAGUCAGCGCGUACAGUUUGUAGCAGCUCAGAGCUUGGUGAUGACCAAAUCUCUAGACCUUGAGAAGGGCGACAAGGGACGACAUUGCAAUUUCCAUCCCGACGAGUCUCUUCCAUUCGAGGAGAAAGGUAUUCUUGGUACUGGCGGGUUUGGACAGGUUGAUCGGAUCCUUAGCUUGAUCAGCUUCCAAGAGUACGCACGAAAGCGGGUGCCUCGGAGCAUGAUCUUUGGCGGACGCAGAACGGAAGACAUCAAACGAUUCAUAGCUGAGAUUGAGGUCCUGAAGCGCCUGAAGCACCGUCACGUAGCGGAGUUCGUCGGUAGCUAUACCGAUCCAAAGUACAUGGGCCUGAUCAUGUCUCCUGUUGCCGAGAUGGACCUCUCCACCUACCUUGCACGCGCUAAUGCAGCCAGUCACAAAGAGCUACGCACCUUUUUUGGCUGCCUGGCAAGGGCGCUCGAGUUUUUGCAUGGAGAAAAGGUUCGACACAAGGAUAUUAAACCUAGCAACAUCUUAGUGCAUCACGGGAAUGUUCUGUUGACGGAUUUUGGACUGGCAUUUGACUUCGCGGAUGCAUCACGCAGCACCACGCUUGGUACGGUAAACGGGAUAACACCAAAGUAUUGCGCGCCUGAAGUGGCCGACUCUGAAUCUCGGAACUCGUCGUCGGAUAUCUGGAGUUUAGGCGUCGUCUUUCUUGAGAUGGCUGCGGUGCUCAAGGGCAAAUCGGUGGAGUUCAUUGACGAGUUUCUUUUAGAGCACGGGUCGCGGCGGGCUUUCGUGCGCACGAACCCCUCCUGCUUGGGUGAAUUACUUGCAAAUCUCAAGGAAACAAGCUAUCCAACGGACAACGUUGUGUUAAUAUGGAUUCAAGACAUGCUGAUGAUACAACCAACCCUGCGUCCAACAGCAGCGGCGCUGAUAGCCUCUAUCACUGCGGCGGGGGAGAGCGGCAAUAAUAGAGGCCUCUGCGGAAUAUGUUGUAUGUCGCCAGAUGACCAUGGCCUUUUAGACGACUAUGAUAUGUUAGAUAUAACUUAA